AUGAAGCCUGUCGUCGUCACCAGCGACCCGCACGGACUGUUUGACAGCCGACCGACGUUCUCGCACGUUGCUAGCGUGUUGGGCCCGUCGCGGGUCAUUAUGACGGCCGGCCAGGUGGGCGUCGACGCAUACGGCCGCGUGCCUGAGGAUCUGCGCGAGCAUAUGGCCGUGGCGUAUUCAAGUCUGCAGCGGUGCCUCGAAGCAGCGGGCGCCACCGUCCAGGACAUUAUCAAGCUGGUGUACUACAUUGUCGACUACGACCCCAACAACCGCGUGCACGUCGAGCCGCUCGUUGCAUUCCUGCAGGGCCACCGGCCGGCGACGACGCUUGUUCCCGUGCCUUGCCUGGCGCGGCCCGCCUUCAAGUUUGAGGUGGAGGCGUAUGUGGCGAUCCCGCAGCAGCCAACACAGGAGGUGGACGUGGUGGUUGUGGGUGCCGGCCUCAGCGGACUCAAGACGGCAUACGACCUGCAAAAGUCGGGCUACUCGGUGGCAGUGGUAGAGGCACGCGACCGCGUGGGUGGCAAGACGUGGUCGGUUGAGCAGACGACGGGCGACGGCAAGUUCGUGGACCGCGGCGCGGCGUGGAUUAACGACACAAACCAGAGCGAGGUGCACGCGCUGGCGCAGGCACUCGGUCUAAAACUGGUGGUCCAGAACACGACGGGCAAUGUCGUCCAACAAGACCGCGACGGAAGCGUGUCGCAGUUUCCGUACGGUUCGGUCCCAGCGGGACUGGCGACGGCAGGCGGCGUCGACGACAUGGUCGCCCUGAGAGACGCAACCGAAAAGAUGUGCCAGGCACUCGACAUCCGCGACCCUGUACGCACGGGCGGCCAUCUGGACAGCAUGACGUUUGAGCAGUGGAUCACGUCGGUCGGCGGCGGCGCGACAGCUCUGGCCUCGGCGACCGUGUGGACGCGCGCGAUGCUGGGCAUGGAGCCGCGUGACUGCAGUGCGCUUUUCUUCCUCAACUACUGCAAGAGCGGCGGCGGGCUGUUGCAGAUGCGCUCCGACCAGAAGAACGGCGGCCAGUACCUGCGCUUCGAGCGCGGCACGCAGAGCCUGUCCAUCGGGCUGGCCGCUUUGCUCAAAGCGGGAACCGUCCUCCUAUCGUCACCCGUCCGGUCGAUCGUCCAGACAGGCAGUGACGGCGGUGUCCGUGUCGUGUCGGCCCGCGGCGAUUUCGUCUGCAAACGCGUCGUCGUGUCGGUGCCCACGCCGCUGUACAAAGAAAUCCGGUUUGAGCCGCCGCUGCCGCCCGCCAAAGCCGCCCUCGCCAGCGCCAACAAGCUCGGCUUCAUCAACAAGGUCAUUGUGCGCUACGCCAGGCCGUGGUGGCGCGAGUCCGGGCUGUGCGGCAUGCUGCAGUCGUUUGUCCAGGCCGGCCCAGCGUCGGUGACGCGUGAUUCCAGCGUCGAUUCCAAGGGUCAGUUCUCCCUCACCUGCUUCUGUGCCGGCGACGCAGGCAUUGCCUAUUCAAAGAUGGCCCGGGCCGAUCGCUUCCAGGCCGUAGUCGACCAGGUCAAGGCCACACUGGGCGCAAGUCUUCCUCCUAGCAGCGUGCCCGACCCGGUUGGCUUCGAGGAGCACGAGUGGUCGCACGACCAGUGGGCCCAGGGCUGCCCGUGUCCAGCCGCACCGCCGGGCGCCAUGACCCUGUACGACCACGCAUUGCGCACCACCCAUGGGAAGGUACACUUUGUCGGCACCGAAACGGCCUUUGAGUGGAAAGGCUACAUGGAUGGCGCGCUGCGCUCGGGUAUUCGUGGCGCAGAAGAGGUCUCGCGUGCGCUGUCGACACCAAAGUUGUAG